CGCUGCAUCAUGUGAUUUACUGACUCAACUUAAAAGCCUCACAGACAGACUGGUUGGAUAUUUCUUGGUUUUCUGUCGUUUAUCGCAUUUGUACUGACUAGUCAACAUGCUGUGUGGAGGUACAACAGCAGCGGCGCAGGACGCCACGGCCGAAAUUCAGGAGAUAUGUAAUACAAUGAAGACUAAAGUGGAGCAGAAAGCAGGAAAGACCUAUGAGACCUUCACCGCCAAGAGCUACAAGAGUCAGGUUGUAGCGGGGACCAACUUCUUCAUAAAGGUCCAUGUCGGAGGUGACGAGCAUAUUCACAUCCGUGUUUUCAAGAAACUCCCAUGCCACGGACAGGAUUGUGAGCUGACCAAUAUUCAGCUCUCCAAGAGCCACCAGGACCCCAUUGAGUACUUCUGAACAACAGGCUUUCCAAACAACCCUCCAGUGCCUACACACUGCGUCCUCCUUCUAAUCUUCCCCAACCACGCCAUCUUUCUACUCUCAUACUGUAGUAACUGACCAUGUGUUCAGUGUGGAUCAUGAAUGAAAUCUGUUACGGAAAUCGUUUUGUACCAUAUGUUUGAAUAAACGAGUGAAAAUUGAA